AUGGGAAUAAAAUUGCUUACCCUCUUAGGUCUUCUGGUAGGCGUCCUAUACUGUUUGCAUAUCCUCGCUCAAGAUUACCAAGCCAUCACUGCACCGAAACUGCUACGUCUACUUUUCAAACGAGAUAUAAACUCCAAAAAGAUUUACACUCCUACAGUACGAUGGAGCAGAAUAUUAAAAUAUGAUCCACUACAAUGCGCUCGGUAUCUCUAUUGUGAUCUCGGAGCUCGUUCACCAGACAGUGACCUGCGACGAGGCCUCAUAUACAUGUUGGCCUUAGAAGUAAAGGAAGAGGACAAAAUAGCUUUGACUGAAUUCGAAUCCGCGUACUCCCGAGGCAAAUCUAGACGAGAUUAUCCAGAACAUUGUAAAAAAAAAUAUACAAUGUGUCCAUUCAAAGCUAAUCUAUUACUCGAUUUGGUGAAUUAUAUACUUAAAGCAACGAGUUGAUGUAAAAUAUAAUAAAAAUAAAA